CAGGUAACCAAGAAAAAACGAGACAGCGAGAAAAGCCUUCAGGGCUUGUUAUGGGGUAGCGUGAGACGAACCAGGACUUUUUCCUGCCUUCUUUACCAGUCAAACCAGUAACUCUGGAUAGAGAGCACACAAGUACAGCAACAGUUUUUACCCUUGUGGUCCCUGAUGGCUUCGCACAGUGAUACUCUGGUGGUGUUCUUUGGGGCAACAGCUGGUGCAAAUGGGGGUAAACUGGGGUCGGAUGAAAGGGAAUUAAUUCUCUUGGUGUGGCAAAUUGUGGAUCUACAUGAGAAUAAGGUGGGCAAGCUUCAGCGGACUCUAGUACAGCCGGACAGUGUGGAUCUGUCGGAGCAGUGCAAGGAGGAGACCGGGCUCACGGCGGAGGAGCUGUGCAAGGCCGAGCCGCUGGAGAGCGUCCUGCAGCAGUUUCACCAGUCGGUGUCAGCUGAACUAAAGUCUCUGGGCAGAAGCUCCUACACACUUUGUGUGGACGGACCACUUCUUAUCCGACAGGUGCUGCACCCCGAGGCCUCCAAAAAGAAUCUGGUCCUGCCAGAGUGCUUCUACACGUUUGUGGACUUGAAGAAAGAGUUUCACAAAUGCUGCCCCAACGCAGGCACCAUCAAAGAUCUCACUAUGUCCUCCAUGCUGGACUACGUGUGUAUUCCAGCGGUGGUGGAGCAGGAGGCCGGACUGAGAGAAGUGGAGAACAUGGUUCUGGUAAUGCUGCACCUCCUGGCUGAGCCUUACAAUCACAAAUUCUCCACUUUUGAAACUGUAAACUACAAGUUCGAAUCUGGAGCGUGUAGUAAGACAGAAGCUGUGGACAGCGAGACGGUCAUCAGAGCUCGUGGGUUGCCAUGGCAGUCGUCUGAUCAGGACAUCGCUCGCUUCUUCAAGGGCCUCAACAUUGCCAAAGGCGGCGUUGCGCUGUGUUUAAAUGCUCAGGGGCGGAGGAACGGGGAAGCUCUGGUGCGCUUCAUAAACUCUGAGCACAGAGACAUGGCACUGGAUCGACAUAAACACCACAUGGGUAACAGAUACAUUGAAGUGUAUAAAGCGACUGGGGAGGAAUUUCUGAAGAUUGCAGGAGGCACGUCCAAUGAGGUAGCUCAGUUCCUUUCUAAGGAAAACCAGGUGAUAAUCCGAAUGCGCGGGCUUCCAUUCACUGCUACUCCUCAGGAUGUUCUGGGCUUCCUGGGCCCAGAGAGCCCGGUCACGGAUGGGAUGGAGGGGCUUCUGUUUGUGAAGUACCCAGAUGGACGUCCCACAGGCGAUGCAUUUGUUCUCUUUGCUUGUGAGGAAUAUGCCCAGAAUUCCCUGAAGAAGCACAAACAGAUCCUGGGCAAGAGAUACAUCGAGCUGUUCCGCAGCACUGCAGCUGAGGUCCAGCAGGUGUUGAAUCGCUACAUGUCCACUCCACUGAUCUCUACACUUCCUCCUCCUCCUCCGAUGGUAUCUAUGCCUGUGUUAGCCACGCCACCCUUCAUCACCACCGGCAACACACGAGACUGCAUCCGACUGAGAGGUCUGCCAUACACCGCCGCCAUCGAGGACAUCCUAGAGUUUAUGGGGGAACAUACCAUUGAUAUCAAACCACAUGGAGUGCACAUGGUCCUUAACCAGCAGGGUCGACCCUCUGGUGAUGCCUUCAUUCAGAUGAAGUCAUCUGACCGUGCAUUUAUGGUGUCUCAGAAGUGUCACAAGAAGAUGAUGAAGGAUCGUUAUGUGGAGGUGUUCCAGUGCUCCACUGAGGAGAUGAGCUUUGUGCUGAUGGGGGGAACACUUAACCGCAGCGGCCUGUCGCCACCUCCUUGCAAACUACCUUGUCUAUCUCCACCAACAUACACUGCAUUUCAUGCGACUCCAACUAUGAUUCCCACUGAGGCAGCGUUGUAUCAGUCCCCCCUGCUGGCCACUCCAAGAACUCCACAGGCCCCAACACACAGCCCUGCACAUGCUUUAGCCUACUAUUCUCCACAGCUAUACAUGAACAUGAACAUGAGCUACACCACCUACUACCCAAGUCCACCGGUCUCUCCCUCCACGAUGAGUUAUUUUGCGGCCCCGCCGGGUUCAGUAGCGGCAGCUGUGGCGGCCCAGUCUGCCCCUGCCCUCCUCCCCCCUCAGCCCGGAGCACUGGUGCGAAUGCAGGGCCUGCCGUACAACGCCGGGGUCAAAGACAUCCUCAGCUUCUUUCAGGGAUAUCAGCUGACAGCCGAUUAGGCGGAGACUUCAGAGGACGGUAUGACACCUGCACUCAGAGAAGGAGGGAAGGGGGUUAUUAUAGACAAGAGGGAUGGUUAGGUGGAAAAGAGUGCUGCUUUGUUUUGGGCACGGGUCUGUGUGCUCUCUCUCUCUCUCUCUCUCUGUAUAUUAAUCUCUAGCCAUGGAGAUUUUCCAGAUGUGUGGUGGGGAUGGUAGUACAAUGUCUUCGGCAUGCAGAGUACCUGCGCUCUCCUCUAAGGCGUGCGUUUACCUGAGCGGUGUGUGUGUUACACUGUUCACAAAGCGUAGCACAGUGGCGCGUGUGUGAAAUGCUGAGUUCAGGUUUGACUCCUGGCUGAACCAAUGAAAUGGAUCCGAGCCCAGUCCACCCUCCAAGUGUGCUUUUAACCUCUGAUACAAAAUGCACACUAUGGGACUCUGUGUGCGGGAAGUGUUUCUUUUUUUGGCAGGUGGUCUGCAGGCCCCCCCUCUUUCUUUCUAUAUAGUGCAUUCAUUCUUAAACAUCUUAUAGGCAACCCUGUACGAUGCAUACUGUUCUUCUCUUUUUUUUUUUUUUUUCUGCAGUGAAUUUUGGGUGGUGUGUUGAAUGUCUGGGCAUACACUGGUGUCACUACUUCGGUUCUGAAUGAUAAAAGGCACUACGCUUCAGACCUGUUUGAACCUUUUAAAUGAACUGUAAUACUUGAAGAAUUAGUCUUUAACGAAUACUUCAGUACUUUUAGUUUACAUUUUAGUUUUUACAUUUUCAAACAUACUUAGGGGUGUGAAUAUGUGCUCUGACAAUGAUUUGUUUCUUAAUAAAUUAAAUCAGGAAUUUGAAAUUGAAUUACACUUAUACCAAGAUUACGGUAGUCUGUCUGAAUACUACUGAAGUUCCCACAUUCUUGAUAC